CAAAGCACAAAAAGUGCGGGUCUCAUCAGCGGCGCUGCCUAGUUAUCUGCUUGCGCUGCUAACGUACGGAUCGGGACGCCCGGCUGCUCCCUUGGUGCUGGAACUGCUGCAUCGCGAGGUCGUGCAAUCGGAGGAGUGACCGGUCAGAGGGCGAGAGAGCGAUCUUCUUCACCCUGGACUUUGCGCCACCAGCCCAGAGCUGCUGUUUACUUCCGCCCACACGCAUCUGCCAAUCCCGUCAUGCUCAAGCGCGCUCGUCUCAGCCUGCCGGUCCUGCUGGCCGUCGUGCUAGCUGUUUGCUCUGCGGCGGACGAACCGGAAGACUACUUCGAGUUUACCUGCCCGAAACCGGACGGCCAGUUCGAGGACCCGUACCAGUGCGACAAGUACUACGAGUGCAACGAUGGGCGCGUGAAGGAGCAGCUCUGCCCGGACGGGCUCGUCUUCAACCCGGCCAGCAAGCUGGUCAACAAGUGCGACCAGGUGUUCAACGUGGACUGCGGCGACCGGAAGGAGCUGCAGCCGCCGAGACCGAUCGGCGUGUGCCCGCGCCAGAACGGCUUCUUCCCGCAUCCGGACUCGUCGAUCUGCAACAUCUUCUACAACUGCAUCAAUGGGCGCGAGCUCGAGAUGACAUGUGUGGCCGGGCUGCACUUUUACGAACCGACAGGGACGUGCGUGUGGCCGGACAUGGCCAACCGGCAGGGAUGUGGCAGUAACGCCAACAAGAAACUCAACGACGGCUUCCAGUGUCCUAAGAAUGCGCAAAAGAUGGACAAGAACGGGCAGAUCAUCACGCACCCGAACUAUCCGCAUCCGGAUGACUGUCAGCGGUUCUACAUCUGCCUGAACGGCAUCGAGCCGCGCCAGGGCACGUGCGAUCAGGGCAUGGUGUACAACGAGGAUCUGCAGCGCUGCGACGAUCCGGAGAACGUGCCUGGGUGUGAGGAUUGGUACAACAGCUCCGAGGCGGAUCGGGAUGCGUGAUCGCAUCGAAGCUUGAGGAGAAGAAAUCUAAGCUAGCCUAGCACUUAAAACCCGUACAAUAAACUGACGCCGUGUUUUUUGUUUUAGCUCUAUA